CACCACUCGGGCCACCUCGGCGGUGGCGGCGGCUGCAGGACAGCGGCGGGGCGGAGGACGCACUCCGGGGCAGCUGAGAACGCCGCGCACCAUGCCGGCGGCGGCGGGGGGCGCGCGGACGGCCGCGCUGGCGCUGCUGCUGGGGGCGCUGCACGGGGCGCCGGCCCGCGCGCAGGAGUACGACUACUACGGCUGGCAGGCGGAGCCGCUGCACGGGCGCUCGUACUCCAAGCCGCCGCAGUGCCUCGACAUCCCCGCCGACCUGCCGCUCUGCCACACCGUGGGCUAUAAGCGCAUGCGGCUGCCCAACCUGCUGGAGCACGAGAGCCUGGCCGAGGUGAAGCAGCAGGCGAGCAGCUGGCUGCCGCUGCUGGCCAAGCGCUGCCACUCGGACACGCAGGUCUUCCUCUGCUCUCUCUUCGCGCCCGUCUGCCUCGACCGGCCCAUCUACCCGUGUCGCUCGUUGUGCGAGGCCGUGCGCGCUGGCUGCGCGCCGCUCAUGGAGGCCUACGGGUUCCCCUGGCCCGAGAUGCUGCACUGCCACAAGUUUCCCCUGGACAACGACCUCUGCAUCACUGUGCAGUUCGGACACCUGCCUGCCACCACGCCUCCAGUGACCAAGAUCUGUGCCCAGUGUGAGAUGGAGCACAGUGCCGACGGCCUUAUGGAGCAGAUGUGUUCCAGCGACUUCGUGGUUAAAAUGCGCAUCAAGGAGAUCAAGAUAGAGAAUGGAGACCGGAAGCUGAUUGGAGCCCAGAAAAAGAAGAAGCUACUCAAGCCAGGCCCCCUGAAGCGUAAGGACACCAAGAGGCUGGUGCUGCACAUGAAGAACGGUGCCAGCUGCCCCUGUCCACAGCUAGACAGCCUGGCCGGCAGCUUCCUGGUCAUGGGCCGCAAGGUGGACGGACAGCUGCUGCUUAUGGCCGUCUACCGCUGGGACAAGAAGAAUAAGGAGAUGAAGUUUGCAGUCAAAUUCAUGUUCUCCUACCCCUGCUCCCUCUACUACCCCUUCUUCUAUGGGGCCGCCGAACCCCAAUGAAGGGCGCUCCUCCCUGCCCCACCCAGCCAGUUGUGCCUUGCCCUCUCCCCACCCCUGGGGCACACUCUCUUCCUGCCCACUUGGCUUCACCCCUAUUCCCAGGCUGACCCAGCCCCCGCCUGAGUGGUUUCAUGCAGAGUUGUUACCAGCACAGGCCCUAAGGAAGGGGCAUGGCACCUGAGCUGUCCAUGACUGAGGGGUUCUGGGGUCCCUGGGGACCUCUUCUCUUAGGAGCAGGGCUUUUUCAUUUGGGAAGUAGGUGGAGGAGAGAGCAAGGGAAGUGUGGAGGGGCUCUGAGAAGCCUGAGGAGGAAGUUUCCCGAGUGCACCAUGGUGUCAGCUCCCUUCUGUCGGUGGUGAGGCCUUGCCUUAAAGAGGAAAGUCUCAGUAUUAGGCUGAGCUAUUUGGGGACAAUUCCCUCCCCCCCCCCCACCCACUCGUGGCAUCAUAGUCCCCCCAAAGGAGAGGCAUUAGGGUCACAGUGCCCUUCAGCGACAGUUCCCCACCUCCCCCAUCUCCCCCCUUUCCCUUCCUGCUAGCCUGGAGAGAAGCCCAGCCCAGACCCCCUCCCAGAAGCCGCUCUUUGGGAUUCAUUCCUCAGCCUCCGCACGCCCCUGUGACCCUGAUGAUGAGUAAAUUAUCGCCCCCGCUGCAAGGCCACAGGUACUAGAUCUGA